GUUCAUCCUCCGUUGUUGAAUGUUUUGAGAUUUCAAUCUUCACUCUGGUUUUUUCCAUUGUCGAUUGAUUUGCCAUUUCAAUCUGGUUUUUGUGCCAGCCCUUUUUGAAGAUUGUAGUUGAGGAUCUUGCAAUUUGAAGAAAGAAAAUUGUAAGAAGAAAGCUGAAAUAUGGUGAAUUCUGGUGAGAAAGGAGGGCCCCUUCGUUUGAGAUCUCUGAAUCAUAUAUCUAUGGUGGUUACAUCGAUAGAGGAUUCCAUUAACUUUUAUGAAAAUGUCCUGGGUUUUAUUCGUGUCAAGCGGCCUGGAUCUUUCAAUUUCAAUGGAGCCUGGCUGUUUAAUUAUGGGAUAGGCAUACAUUUGCUGCAGAGUGCCAACCCAGAGAAAGUAGUGCACAAGGAGAUAAAUCCAAGGGACAAUCACAUUUCAUUCCAGUGUGAUGAUAUGCAAGGUGUGGAAAGAAAGAUGCAGGAGAUGAAGAUCAAGUAUGUGAAACGUAUAGUGGAGGAUGAAGGCAUAUAUGUGGACCAGCUCUUCAUACAUGACCCAGAUGGUUUCAUGGUGGAGGUCUGUAACUGUGAGAAUUUUCCAGUGGAGCCCACACCCUCUGGAGUUGGGCCAGUUUGUUUCAGAUUACCUUCUCAUCUGCACAACCCUCCCAUAGCCAUGGGAAAAAAUACAUCAGUUCUGUCAGCAUCAAAAGAGAUUGAUCUGUAAAUUUUUUAUCUUGUGCUAAUGCUCAAGAUUGCAUUAUUCGGAUGUGUUUGAUAUUGUUGGUCUGAAAUUAAUAUUAUUUAGGGUGGAGAGAUUGACAUAUUUUUUCCCAAUCUGAUUGUUUUCUUGUGAUCUAUCAAGGAAUAGAUCCUUGCCGUGCUUGGUUUUAUGUGACAAAGCCUAUGGGUUGUAAUGCCUUGCACCAUAUAUUUAUGGAUUUAUAUAUUGAUUUAUUUUAUGUUAAA